UCUCUUUCUGUGUUUGUUGCUCCCAUGGCUACAGAGGAGCAACCGCAUCUUCUUCCUUUACUCGUCUUCAUUCUCUUCCUUCUUCCUCAUUCUUAUUCUCAGCUGAAUUCCCCUCAAAAUAUCGAGACUUUCUUCCCAUUUCAGACUUUACCUGUAAAAAAUCCAACGGUGCCACUCCCUAACUUACAGGAAUCGUCCAGUUCCGAUCACACCAUCGCUAAGGCCGUUGGAAUUACUGCUGCUACCACUCUCUUCCUCGCCGGCAUUUUCUUCUUUUUCCUCCAAAAGUACACAGGUGCAUGUAAUGGUUCCAGGGUUGAGAAGAAGAUCAGUAUUGGUAGUGUUACCCAUCAGGAACAGGGUAUGGUGCCUUGCAAUGAAUUUAAGAGAUUUGAUGGAACUCUCAAGGGUUUGAUUGUUGAUGAGAAUGGGUUGGAUGUACUAUAUUUGAGGAAGCUUCGGAGAGAACACUCAGAUAGAGGAGAUGGGGAAGAGGAAGAAGAGGAAGAAGAACCAGAAGACGAGACGAAUUAUCAGGGAGAUCGACGUAGGAAAUCUGACCCAAUUCAAGAAGUCCCUUUGCUUGGUGGAAGAUUUAUCGAUUCUUCAGGCCCAAUUUCCCCCCAAGAAGAUGAUCCAAUUGAUGUAAAUAUAACAGCUCCUCUUCCAUCUCAUGGGUUUGUUCUGGAGGCUGUGGCGAAAUUCGAGAAACUACCCUCGUCUAAUCCCCUACCACCUUCAUCGGCAGCAGCACCACCGCCGCCACCGCCACCUCUUCCAGCAAAGAAAAAUCCGCCGCCUCCACCUCCUCCAAUCACAGCAAAGAAAAAUACGGCACCUCCUCCACCGCCAAUUCCUGCGAAAAAAGGACCUCCCCCACCACCUCCACCCCGUUCUACUUCGUCAAAACUACCUCCUGCGCCUAAUCUGAAGAAUAGCAGGAAGGAAGCAGAGUCUUCAUCGCGAGAGAAUGGAUCUGGUCAGACCAAGCUGAAGCCCUUACACUGGGACAAGGUGACUACUAAUGUGGAUCAAUCCAUGGUGUGGCACAAGAUAAACAAUGGUUCAUUCAGGUUCGAUGGUGAUCUCAUGGAAGCUCUGUUUGGUUAUGUUGCCACCAGCAAGAAAUCCCCUGGAAGAGACAGGGAUUCAUCUAACAUCGGCAACUCUAACUCCGAUUCCUCUGCUCAGAUCUUCAUCUUAGAUCCCCGUAAAUCCCAAAAUACAGCGAUAGUUCUUAGAUCUCUUGCCAUAUCUCGACAAGAAAUCCUCGAUGCCCUCCUCGAAGGCCGUGGGCUUUAUCCUGAUACCCUUGAAAAACUUACAAGAAUCGCUCCGACCAAAGAAGAAGAAACCCAGAUUGUUCAAUUUAAUGGCGACCCAACAAAACUUGCAGACGCUGAAUCUUUCCUCUUCCACAUUCUGAAAUCCGUUCCCUCUGCUUUUACCCGUCUAGAUUUCCUCCUCUUCAGAUCAAACUACGACCACGAAAUCCUACAAGCCAAAGAAUCUGUACAAACCCUUGAAUCGGCUUGCAAGGAGCUCAGAACUCGUGGCCUUUUCGUGAAGCUCUUAGAAGCGAUUCUUAAAGCAGGUAAUCGUAUGAAUGCAGGAACUGCUAGAGGAAAUGCACAAGCAUUCAAUCUCACAGCAUUACGGAAGCUCUCUGAUGUUAAGAGCACCGAUGGAACAACUACGCUUCUCCACUUUGUGGUAGAAGAGGUAGUCCGAUCCGAAGGGAAACGUUGUCUGCUCAACCGCAACUACAGCUUGGGUCGAAGCAAUAGCCGUAACAGCAUCAGCAGUGUUGAGAGUAGUGUGAGUUCCCAGAGUGGCGCAUCGAAUGAAGAAAGAGAGAAGGAGUAUAUAAUGUUGGGGUUACCAGUGGUUGGAGGGCUCAGUGUGGAGUUCUCGAAUGUCAAGAAAGCUGCUAAAAUUGAUUACGAUUCUUUCGCCAAGGUAUGCCCAGGUCUUAAAACUCGGGUGGGUGAGAUUCGACAGUUCUUGGGGAGGCUCAACAUGCGUGAGGGAGGAGGGUUUGUAAGAAACAUGAAAGAAUUCUUAGAAGGUGCGGAAGAGGAACUCAAGGUAGUGGAAGAGGAGCAAAAAAGGGUCAUGGAGCUUGUGAAGAAGACAACAGAGUAUUACCAAUCAGGAGCUUCAAAGGCUAAAGAUGCUCCUCCGCUUCAUCUAUUUGAGAUAGUAAAAGAUUUUUUGAAUAUGGUGGAUCAGGCGUGCAUUGACAUCGCUCGGAAUCAGCAGAAGAAGGAGGCAAGUAGGGCAGGAUCAUCUUCUCCCGCGUCACCGGCGAAAAGGGUUCCUGUGAGGUUCCCAAACUUGCCGGCGCAUUUCUUGUCAGGCAAGUCAAGUCCGAGAGGCUCGUCUUCUAGUGAUUCAGACUGUAGUGGUUCCUGAUUCUUGAAGGAAGUAGCGUUGGAUUGGAUUGAAGGGAUU